AUGCCCGGUAUUCCCUUACCAGCCGUUCUGUCGCAACUGUGGUUCGACACAUCGUACAACAGCGGCGCCUGUGCCAGGGUAUUCUUCUCCGGCUUGGAGCUGCUCGUCUGCCAGAUCGCCAUCAACACGGUGGACAACGCCUUCUCGGCGGGAAUGGACCUAGCCGCUCUCUUCUCCAACUACAGCAAUAUCCGGCGGGGCGCUUACAUUGACCUAUAGUCCUCAGCAUCGCCCUUUGCCUCUAGGAGCUGCUCUCGUCCGCAGCCGUCUUCAUCAGCGUGCUCUCGGUCAGCCUCCAGCGUGUUCCUCGGCCCCGUUGUGUCAGCAUCCGGGUAUACGAAUACUGGAUGGUCCGGCGCCGCGAGCAUCAAGCUGUCCGUCCU